GUGGAUUCUCGGAUUUCUUUUUUUUUUUUACUUUGCUGCUGUUUUCUUUUCUGUUCUUAUUCUCAGUUUCCUUUGGAUCUCCCGCUAUGUUCGCGUUGAUUCUGUAUUCUAACCAACACCAUCGAGUCCGAAAAUUCGCAAUAUACUACAGUUCAAUCCGGACAACCCGGCAAAUGGAAGCUAGAGUACCGUUCAGAGCGCAGCCCCCAUUUAAUGCAGUGCAUCAAUGCACAGGGCAAUUGAAAUAUCCUCGGGGAUGGAUUACUAUCACUGGUUAUGUUUGUUUAGUAGUUUUAAGCGCUGCAAAGGAGGGAGGUUACUGCACAAGUCUGCAUACAAGUUCAAAGGAUCACUGAAGGAUCUAGACUAUUAUAGUGACUCCAGCGGGGAUCACUAAUACCCAGAAGACACAGCCCACCCUUGAUGAAAGACACACUUGUAACCGGAUUGAGUAGUCCAGAUGUCACUUAGCUAACAUGAUUUCGAAGAAUGUUCCUAAAGACCAACCAAAUCGAU